CAGAUCAAUAUUGAUACCAUUCAUAUCGCCGAGCACUAUAUAUGGCUUCUAGUAUAUCAAGCUCUAUAAGCUUUGAAGAAGACGUUGAAGAGGGAAACUGCACUCCACCAAGAAAGAUAAAUAUAAAUCAUGCCACCAAGAAAGCUGAUGAAGAGGUUGUAGUUCGCAAGAAUUUGCCUCGAAAAGUAUUUUCCAGAGUCUUUUCAGAAGAUUAUGAAUAUGAUGCAGUGGAGAAGACGAUAUUAGAUCCUCGAGGACCAGUUAUACACACAUGGAACAAAAUUUUCUUUGCAGCUUGUUUAACUUCAUUAUUUAUAGACCCACUUUUCUUUUUGUUGCCUGAAGCUAAAAACGAUAUAGUUUGCAUUCAUGUAUCUACCUCUCUUGAGGUUGCCUGCAGUGUCAUUAGAUCUUUAGCUGAUUUAGCUUACAUUUUCCACAUUUUUGUUCGGUUUCGCAUGGCUUAUGUUGCUCCUUCUUCUCGAGUGUUUGGAAGAGGAGAGCUAGUGUUAAAUCCUGCAAAGAUUGCUUCAAGGUACCUUCACAAUGAUUUUUGGCUUGAUGUUUUAGCUGCCCAACCCAUUCCCCAGGUUCUGAUUUGGGUUGUGAUCCCAAGUUUAAAUGGUUCGUCAAUGGCACAUACAAGAAUGGUUAUCCGCAUCAGUAUCAUAAUUCAAUACCUUCUAAGACUAUAUCUUAUAUUUCCCCUUUCAUCUCAAAUCAACAAAGCUACUGGUGUUGUCUUGGAAACAGCAUGGGCGGGAGCAGCUUAUAAUCUGGUGCUCUAUAUGUUGACAAGCCAUGUUUUGGGAUGCCUGUGGUAUCUCUUAGCUAUUGAACGACAGGAGGAAUGUUGGAGAAAAGUUUGUCAUCUCGAACAAUCAGAAUGCUAUUAUUCGUUUAUGGACUGUAGUCUUGUGGAUAAUCCUAGUAGAGUAUCUUGGUUAAAAUCCAGCAAUGUUUCAACUCUCUGCAAUCCGAGCAACGGAUUCUUUAAGUUUGGCAUUUUUAGUGAUGCAUUGACUUUUCAAGUUACUUCUGCAAGCUUUCUCAAGAAAUUCUUUUACUGUCUUUGGUGGGCACUGAGGAAUUUGAAUUCUUUAGGUCAGGAUCUUUCCACAAGCACUCAUCUUGGAGAAAUAAAUUAUGCCAUCAUUGUUGGAAUUGUUUCGUUGAUCCUUUUUGGUUUGCUUAUUGGAAAUAUGCAAAGAUAUCUCCAGUCAAGUAGUGCAAGAUUGGAAGAAUGGAGGGUUUUCAAGACUGAUACAGAACGAUGGAUGCGUCAUAGACAGCUACCUCAUGAAAUGAGGGAGAGUGUUCGAAGAUAUAAUCAACAUAGAUGGUGUGCAACUCGAGGAGUCGAUGAGGAAGCUAUUCUUAAAACCCUACCCAUGGAUCUUCGGCGCAUCAUCAAACGCCAUCUUUGCCUUGAUCUUGUUCGAAAAGUACAAUUGUUUAAUAUGAUGGAUGAGCAAAUGCUAGAUGCAAUAUGUGAAAGAUUGAAACCAUGUUUAUAUGAUCAAGGGACUUGCCUUGUUCGUGAAGGAGAUCCAGUUAAUGAGAUGAUUUUCAUUAUUAGAGGUCGCCUGGAUUCUUAUACCACUAAUGGUGGCCGUGCAGAUUUCUUCAAUUCAUGCCUCAUCGCCCCUGGUGAUUUCUGUGGCGAGGAAUUGUUAACUUGGGCAUUGGAUCCUCGUUCAAGUUCAAAUAUUACUCUUCCUUAUUCAACGCGCACAGUUAUCGCCAUUACUGAUGUUGAAGCUUUUGCCUUGAUUGCAGAGGACUUGAAAUUUGUAGCAUUUCAGUUUCGUAGGCUAAAUAGUAAACAACUAAGACAUGUUUUCAGGUUUCAUUCUCCGCAAUGGAGGACAUGGGCUGCUUGUUUUAUACAAGCAGCUUGGUUUCGAUAUAGAAGAAGGAAAGAAGAAGCAGAGUUGGAUAGAAUUAGGAUUAGGAGAAUGAAUGGGGUGGAAAUGGAGCAAUCGAUGACUCCAUCGUUGCUUAAAGUGGCUACUAAUUUUACUAUUUAUGCAUCAAAACUUGCUGCGAGUACUAAGAGAGGUGGACCAAAACCAGAAGAACCUGAUUUUGCAGCUGAAAAAUGAGCUUCUUUGCAGUGCAAGGUACAGGCUACAAAAUUUUACCUGCUCUAUAGCCUUGAUCUUUAGAUUCUAUCAGUGAUUAGCACAUGUAACAUAACCCCCAGCUCCGCAACCUUAGCUGAUAUGUUAAUUGUUAGCUGCUGCAGUAGCUAUUUUAAUCCAGUCAAAACACUAAAGGUUAUCUCAAAAGCUGUUGCUGCACAAAGCCAACGUGAUUAUUGUAAUACUAUAGACGGCAUAAAGUAAGGGCAAAUUUUGCUGUUUUUGUCAGUCUUAUCAGAAAAUUAAAAUGGAAC